AUGCGUCGUGUCGAGUUCUGCUUGUGCACGGCGGCCAUUGUUGCGGCGGUUGCACUCCAACCUGAAGCAGUAAGCGCCGGGGGGCACGACUACGCCGAUGCGCUGCGGAAGAGCUUACUCUUCUUCGAGGGGCAGAGGUCGGGGAAGCUCCCGGAUACCCAGCGGGUGACCUGGCGGGGAGACUCCGCGCUCCACGACGGUGAUCAGAUCGGGGUAAUAGUAUUGUCAUCCUCAAGUGUACAUCUCCCCAAAACCAUUGCCGCAUCUCCGCCUUCACCGACGAUUUCCUAUCCUCAGAUCGACCUCGUGGGCGGGUACUACGACGCCGGCGACAACGUGAAGUAUGCCUUCCCGAUGGCCUUCUCGACGACGUUGCUAGCCUGGGGAGUGGUCGAGUUCGGCGGUGAGAUGGGCCGCAGCCUGUACAGGGCCAGAGAGGCCGUGAGGUGGGGCUCCGACUUCCUCCUCAAGGCCACCGCCGACCCCGGGAAGGUACACGUUCAGGUAGGCAACCCUUACGCUGAUCACGACUGCUGGGAGAGGCCGGAGGACAUGGACACCGACCGCACGGUCUACACGGUGGACUCCCAGGGACCCGGCUCGGAGGUCUCCGGCGAGACGGCCGCCGCCCUCGCCGCCGGCUCGAUGGUCUUCAGCGGCGCCGACCCGGCGUACGCGUCCCAGUUGAUCCAGAGAUCCAUGGCGGUGAGCGAGCUCCACUCGGGAAGUCCCCUCCUCAAUCAUCGAGUCUUCUCUGAUCCAACUUCUUCUGGGUUUUAGGUUUUCGACUUCGCCGACAGGAACCGUGGCUCCUACAACGAUAGCCUCGGCCGGUGGGUGUGCCCCUUCUACUGCGACUUCAACGGCUACCAGGUACUGAUGAUGAUCUUCUUUCUGAUCAUACCCGUUGACCAUCGAUCCCACGAGGAGGAACUGAUCUCCGUGGGUCUGACAAGGGCAGGACGAGCUGCUGUGGGCGGCGGCGUGGAUACACAGGGCCACCGGGAAGGUGUACUACUGGGACUACCUCAUGGGAAACAUCCACCUCAUCGACUUCCCUUUCAUGGUGGGAGAGUUCGGCUGGGACAGCAAGCACGCCGGCAUCCACGUCCUGAUCUUCCCUGUAAUCUAUCUUCAGACUGCACUGCCUGAAGUUCCACGCUGUCUUCAACCUCUUAGUGUAUAUAUAACUGGUGGUCCUUCUUCUGCCGCAGGAGAUCGUCGCUGGGGGCUCCUCCAACGGCGACCUACUCGGACGGGCCGACGAGUUCGUCUGCACGAUGCUGCCGGAGUCACCCACCGUGCAGGUACGGUACUCUGCCGGGGGACUUCUCUUCAAAGCAGGAGGAAGCAACAUGCAGCACGCGACGUCCCUCUCCUUCCUCCUCGCCGUUCACGCGCGCCAGCUGAUGCGGCUGAACAGGGCGGUGCGCUGCGGCGGCGAGGCGGUAGCGCCGUCCAGGCUCGUCGAGCUCGCCAAGUCGCAGGUGGACUACAUCCUCGGCGAUAACCCGCUCAGGAUGUCUUACAUGGUGGGCUACGGGGACAAGUAUCCGCAGAGGAUCCACCAUCGCGGCUCCUCUUUGCCCUCAGCCCUGACGCAUCCCGGCCACAUCGGCUGCAAGGAAGGGACUCCCUACUACCUCAGCGCCUCUCCCAACCCUAAUCUGCUGGUCGGCGCCAUAGUCGGAGGCCCGGACAUGCUGGACUGGUACGAGGAUUUUCGGCAGAACCCUGCCCAAUCGGAGCCCACCACUUACAUAAACGCGCCCAUGGUCGGCCUGCUGGCCUUCCUCUCCGUCGCCCCAAAUCGUUGA